AUGAUUAAGGUGAGAAUCUAGCUUAAGAGUGAGGCAAAAGCUGGAAAUUUAUCUCCUUUCAAUGUUGCCAGAGAAAUAUUCGCUAAUGAAGGAGGAAUUAAAGCUUUUUAUAGAGGUGAUUACAUUAAGGAGCAAGUAAAUGGAGGAGCCAAUAUGACUACUUUAUAAAAAACAGGCGCUUCCCUUUUUGCUGGAGCAUUUGGAUCAUUCGUUGGUAAUCCAUGUGAUCUCGUAUUAGUAAGAAUGCAAGCUGAUUCUACUCUACCAGAAGCUGAGAGAAGAAACUACAAAAAUGUCUUUGAUGCAUUCAGAAGAAUCGUUAGUGAAGAAGGAAUCACCUCUUGCUGGAAUGGUGCCAGCCCAACUAUUGCCAGAGCAAUGUCUCUUAACGUUGCAAUGCUUGUCACUUAUGAUGAGGCUAAGGAGAGAUUGACUAAAAGAUUUGGAAAAGAUGCAAAUCAAAAAGCUAUCUUAUUCGCAGCAUCUAUGCUAUCAGCUUGUGCUACCAGUACCGCUUCAUUACCAUUCGAUAAUAUAAAGACAAAACUUCAAAAAAUGAAGAGAGCUCCUGAUGGCACAUUACCUUACUCAGGGUUCCUAGAUUGUGCCUAUAAGACAGCUGCUAGAGAGGGUAUUACUGGCUUUUGGGCUGGUCUCCCAACUUACUACUUCAGAGUUGGUCCUCAUGCCAUCAUAACCUUACUAACUGCAGAGUAUUUAAGAAAGAGAAUGUUUUGA